AUGAGCGAAAUUAAAAAAAAAGGCAACAGUUCUGAAAAUGAAACAAAUGAUGUCGAAAAGAAAUCUGAGCAUAUAUUAGAUGAAAAAUUAAACGAGAAAUUCAACGAGGAAUUAGAAUAUAAAUUAAAAGACAAGUUAAUGAACAAAAUAGAGAAUGGGAUUAACGAUGUAAUGGUCGAAGAUUCUAAUUUUAAUAAUGAAACAAAAAAAAGAUCGCUUUCACAUGAACCGCAUUUUGAUAAAAUAGACAAAAAUAGUCCCAUUUUUUCAAAGAGCAAUUCUGAAGAUGCAUUAGAGUUAAUUACAAAAAAUAAAAAAAGUACACAAUAUACAAAUUAUGUAAGUAGUAAAAUGGUGUUAAAAGAUAAAGAUACGUCAUCAAAUAUAAAUAUUACAAGUAGCGCAAAUACAGCAACUUCAAAAGAUACACAUAAUGAAUUAGAAACAUACGGGAAUUUUUUCGAUAUAUCUGAAGAAGCUAAACAUGAAUUAUCAGAACAUGUAAAAAAAUUAAUUAAAGAUAACAACGAAUCAGAUAAUUAUGCAAAUGAUGUAAUAGAAAAUAAUUAUGACAUCGAUGAAAGCACCAAUUAUAAAAUAAAAAAAAGAAAAAAGAAAAAGAGCGGAUUAAGAUAUAAAACAAAAAAAACUAAAGUAAAAGCCAAUGAUGAAGUUGAUGAAAAUGAUAGUUUUAAAAAACUAAAAACAUUAUAUCAAGGCGCCCAAAAUGCAACUGCUAAUUAUAUAACAAAAAUUUUCAAUAGCAAAAUUUACAUUGAAAAAAAUAUAAUAAAAUAUGAUGAUAUAUUGUCUAAACAUAGUGAUGAUAUUAUAAAACAUUUUAAUAUUUUUGACGAAACUAAAGAUGAAGAGGAAAUGCUCGGCUCUGAUGUAACAGGUACAAAUUCAUUUAAUAAGUUUUUUUCAUUAAAAAGAGAAAACUAA